AUGAAGAGAGGAUAUCCCUAUUCGCACGGUAAUCUCAAUUUUGGAUAUGAAUAUGAAUAUAGACCUAAAAGUGCAAAAGGAGGUACUGGUGAGCGCGGCGAGAUUGGACCUGAAGGACCUAAAGGAGAUACAGGACCUAAAGGAGAUACAGGUCGUGUGGGACCUGCAGGUCCACCAGGACGAAAAGGAGAUCAGGGCCCUCAAGGGGUAAAAGGUGAUCGAGGAGAUACAGGACCUCGAGGACCGCGAGGGCUGCAAGGACUAAAGGGCGAUCAAGGAGCACGAGGGUUACAAGGAUUACAAGGCGACCAGGGCGUACAAGGACCCGUUGGACAGCAAGGACCGCAAGGAGUCCCUGGUACAACAGCUGCAAAAGGUGAUAAAGGUGACAAAGGCGAUCAAGGACCUCCUGGACCUCAGGGAUCCCAGGGACUUCAAGGAUCAAAAGGUGCAAAAGGGGAUCAAGGUCUGCAAGGACCUCCCGGACCUCGAGGACAAGACGGUGCUAUAGGCUCUCAAGGUCUUCGCGGUAUUAAGGGAGAUCCCGGCGCAAAAGGGGAUCGGGGUCCUCCCGGUCAAAAAGGUGAUAAGGGCGAUAAAGGGGAUAAAGGCGAUAGGGGAUCCAUUGGGGCUCAAGGACCGCGCGGUGGUGAUGGUAGUAAAGGGGAUAGAGGUAUUAAAGGAGAUAAAGGUGAUAAGGGUGAUAUAGGUCCGCAGGGACCUAGAGGUCCAAGGGGGGAUAUAGGACCCAAGGGAGAU